CGGAUGCUGGAGAACAACUUCAGAAAAAAAUAAAAUAAUAACAAAGAUAAACAAAUAAACACGUGUGUCCGGAGCCAGCGGUGUCUUGCUUUAACCAAACGCACCAAGAGCGAUGCCGUGUGGCUCCACAUUCCCAAAGCGCAGCCAGCUGGAAGUCCACUGACAUCGGACAGUUGUCACUGCCCUGGUGAUGGCUCACCGGGGGCCGCUCGUCGCCGUCAUCACGACGCUCCUCGGCGCCACCUUUGGGGGUCUGCUCGUGUGGCGAGCGUUCAGCACCAAGAGGAAGCGGCCGCCUUCCGUCCAGAGGGAACCGCCGCUUCCUGUCGCCGCAGAAGCCGACCGGCGCCCCCUACAUGAGGAGUUUGAGGCUGCGGCGUGUGAGAAGACCAGGGCGGCCCCUCCCCUGUGCAUCCCGUCCUCCGAACAGCUGCUGGCGACGACGCCAAUGAUGGUGAGCUCACUGGAGGAAUGGCGGCAGCUGUGGCCACCGAUGCAGGAAGACCUGGCGGCGGUCCCGGUGCUGGGACUCGACUGCGAAUGGGUAUCAGAGAAGGGCCGCGCUCAAGUGGUCUCCCUCCUCCAGAUGGCGUCCUAUUCCGGCCGGUGCGUGCUGGUACGGCUUCCGGCGUUCGGCGACGCGCAGCUCCCGCCGGACCUGAUGGAGGUCCUGCGUGACCCGCACGUCCUGAAGGCGGGUGUCGGUUGCCACGACGAUGGCAAGCGGCUGACUCGCGACUACGGGGUGUCGCUGACUAGCACAGUGGACCUGCGCCACCUGGCCCUGAGGCAGAAGCAGGUGCCGGUGAGCAACGGACUUGGCCUGAAGUCGCUGUCAGCCGACGUGUUGAACGUUUCGCUGGACAAGUCGCUGGAACUGCGAUGUAGCGACUGGGAGGCAGACAAGCUGACGCCGGAGCAGAUGACGUACGCCGCCAGGGACGCGCAAGUGUCCGUUGCGCUCUUCUUCCACCUGCUCGGUCUCCGCCCCGAAGCCGACCCCGCUUGCGCCCACGGGCUCUCCUACGCCGUGUUGGCCGCUCGCUGCCAGGGGCUGUUCGACGUGCCGUUCAGGGGCCGGGGGGCCGACGAGCGCAGCGACGCCGGCAAUGGCAGCACAGAGAGGACAACGCGAAUGCGCAGGCCCCUGAUGGGCACGUCCUCGAGCCCGGAAUCUGGAGAUCUGCAAAUCCCAGACCCCAGGAAGAACAACAAAAGGAAGCCACUGGGUGUGGGCUACUCUGCAAGGAAGUCUCCUCUCUACGAUAACUGCUACCUGCACGCCCCCGACGGUCAGCCGCUUUGCACGUGUGACAAGAAGAAAGCCAAGUGGUACCUGGAUAAAGGAAUAGGAGUGCUCCAAAGUGAGGAUCCGUUUGUAGUGAGACUUCUGUUCGAGCCGUCGGGACGUCCAGACUCCCAGCAGGACUACUACCUCACCGCCAAGGAGAACCUAUGCGUGGUCUGCGGGAGAGCAGACUCUUACAUCAGGAAGAACAUCGUCCCUCACGAGUACCGCCGUCACUUCCCCAGCGAGAUGAAGGAUCACAACUCCCACGACAUCCUGCUGCUGUGCACCGGCUGCCACGCCGCCUCCAAUGUGCACGACGCCGCCCUCAAGCAGCAGCUGGCCGACGCCUUCGCCGCCCCGCAGGGUUGCGAGGAGGGAGUGCGGCCCAUGGAGGACCCGGAGCGGCGGCGGGUGCGCUCGGCGGCCCGCGCCCUCCUCAGCGCCGGCGGCGGGCUGCCCCAGCGGCGACGGGACGAGCUAAGGGUGCUCGUCAAGAACUUCCUGAACGUGGGGGAGGAGCGAGAGCUGACGGAGGAGGAGCUUCGGCGGGCCGCCGCUUUGGAGACCAGGAUUUUAAACGAGGCGUACGUGCCUCACGGCCAGAAGGUGGUGCGCGCCUACGGCGAGCGAGGCCCGCACGGCCUGAUGGAACUGGAGCGGUGCUGGAGGCAGCACUUCCUGUCCGCCAUGCGCCCCAAACACCUUCCGCCGCUCUGGUGCGUGCAGCACAAUCACCUCAAGCUGCUCCGCAAGUACGGAGUCAACCUGCCCGUCAAACUCGACUGAAUGGCACGGACCGCCGCGUAGCAAUCACCACGUCGCGGGAGCUGAGGGGUGGCGGCACGUCCAACCUGAGGCAUUUGACCCUGGGGGUGUCCUGCGGGGGAGGCGCCGGAAGAUGGUUUUUCUUUUUGGAUUCCACUCCAUUGGGGAUCUUGUCUUCGCGUCGAGGAUGCCGUGACACUCCGUUGGCCCCGCCGCCACCGUUGGAGAGCUGCCCCACGUGGUGCCGCUUGGGACCAGAGUCGGCGAUGGAGCUGCGCACCACCUUGCGGUAGCCGCACUCUUGCUUGAUGGUGAGCCUGAGAGCCCCGCGUGAGCUGGAACGGUACGUCUUGAGUCCAGGCGGGCGGUCUGACAGUCUAGUCCAGGCUGGGACACAGGCCUGGGCUGGUGGUGGAGGCUGUAAGGACCCCGAGCGGUGUGAGGAAGAUGCUGAUGAGGUCAAGGACGUCAAGAAAGACUCUGAAAUGGCAAUUUGAGUUCUUUAUCAAUGCAGAAUUUUCUCAUGAUUAUCAUGUGACAGGAAACCGCGAGGCAGUACAUUGGUGUGCACAUCUGCUUCACGUUUCUGAGGUUCAGCGUUUGAAUCUCUGCUCCACCCUUCCUCUGGACAGAAAGCUUCAGUUAGAGAAAGCCGAGCUAACCGGAAACAUCGAAAAACCUGGUGCAUUAGUCUCAUAAAUCCAUGGUAACGGGAAACAAUGUAAAAACCCACCGCAUAAGUCGAAUCAAGCCCUGCUAAGGGGAAACUGCGAGAAUCUACCGCAUUGAACGCAUCAGUUGGAUCAAGCCAUGUUAUUGGGAAAGAGUGAAAACGACCCAGCGUUGAACGCAUCUUUUGGAUUGAGACACGCUAACAGGAAACAAAAGAAAAUAGUCGCAUAAAGCCACGCAAAUGGGGAAACUGAAAAACGCAACAUUGAAUGCAUCAGGCAGUGAGAGCCACUUAAACGGGAACCUGCGAAAACCUCUGCACAUCAGUCGGAUAGUCGCGCUACUAGGAAAAUGGCAAAACAGACUCAUUGAUGCUAAAGGGGGGAAAAUGAUCGUAUUUCAGUGAUUUUUGCGUAUCGCUUACCUGGGUCUUUGUUUGCCCGCUGCCUGUCCUCUCCCAGGGAAAAGCGCUCCGACUGCAGGAAGAGACGCUCCAGCAUCACCAUCUCAGCGGACGGACUCUCCUGCUGCGAGAAAGUUCUGUUUUGUUUUUUGUUUUUUUUCCCCACCAGGGCACACACUAACAAAAUAGCUAAGUUGGUUCUUUUUGUUUACCCAUGUUUCCCUGACCAGUAGCUGCCUGUAUUUGUUCACCAUGUCCUUAGUGCGCUUCAGCAGGAACCCCGACACAGUGUCAAACUCCUGGUCCACUGCAGGAGGCACCAAAUCAGUGACAUUCAGAAAUGAUGUACAGUAAUCCCGCAGUCAUUUGUGGGGCAUACAGACCGAGCCCAACUAUGAAUAGCAAAAAGUAAAUGCUAGUAAUUAACCCUGCCUGACCUAAAAAGUCCUAGAUUAAUAGUCUAAAUCAGGGGUGUCAAACUCAUGUUUCGUCAUGCAACAUUGUUACGGUUUCCCUCAGAGGGCUGUUAUGACUGCAGAGAACAUACUGUAGAUGUAUUAUAAGCUCGUCAUACUGUAUUACAUUUUUGACAGCGUGAAUAUGGCAAGCAAAUAUUUCAAUAUUAACAGAAAAUAACACGUUAAGGGACUUGAUGAAAAUAAAUGCUCGUAAAACAGAUGAAAGGGGCAAAAACUUGCAUUUUCAGAACACAUUGUCAGAGUAUAAAUAACACAUUCAUUUAGCAAGAAACGCCAAGUAGGUAAAUUGCUGUGCAGACUCUCCUACCUUCCACUAACAACCCAGGCUAAAUUUAGCUCCUCCCCGACAUACAAAGCUCACGUCUCAGCCUAGAUGACUGGAGAUGCAUCACUUAAACGCACUUCCUGGAGAGCCAUUCCUAUUAAGGCAGGGCUUUGGCGCUAUCUUGUGGCAUAUUAAAGCAUUACAGAAAUUACAAAAGAAUUUUUCAGCCAAUAAUGGAGGAUGGGUUCCCCAAAAAACAUGAAUACGUAAAUUUGCGAAUAUAGGUGAGGGAUUACUCUCUGUGCUUCAACAUGCACAAUGGCGAUGUCGGCCGACCUAAAGCGAAGUCCUCCUGAGAGGGCGUGUGUCCAGCACAGACGUGGUACGGCAACAGGCGGCGGGCAGCAUCCGUCAGGGUGCGGAAGGCCGGGCCGGUGCGCGGGUGCUGGACCGCCAGAUGGUCCGAGCAAAGCAGCUGUUGGAACCUGAGGAACAGUCCAGAUGUUUUUGCCUCGAAACACAAGAUGUUUAGGGUAUACAGGUCUUUUUCAGUGUUUGACAACAACAAUAGGCGCCAGGGUACUUCCGGGUGACCGAAAAGUGAUGACUACCACUGACCUGAACUGAGACAUUGGAAAACCCUUGUGUUUUAGGCUUGUGCUGCCAAAUCUAUCUCAAAAGGCUCAGGUUUUUUUUUCUUCUCCCCUUCAGAAAAUCUAAAUGAUUCCAGUGGAAACGGUGGAUGAGGAGCAUAAAUUGAGUAGUGUCAAAAAAGCACAUUUGUGCCAUUAAUCAGAGGAACAGCAAAGACAAUUAAUUAGCCAGUCCUUCAAUGAUCACGUUAACUGUCAGAAUUUCUACCAUGUCUACUUUUUGAAUCUACUUACCUGUUGAAUUGUAAAUUAAUGCUGGAAUUCCGUCUCUCAUCAAAGCAAUUGACCGCAAAUGACAACUGUUUUUGACUGACACUUCACACAUUUGGUAGAGAAAUGGGCUCAAAUAAUCACUUCAGCCAUUGAACCCUGUUUUCUUCAUCGCUCUGUCUUUUUCAAAUGACACGUAAAGGUUUGUUAGUGGUCCCGCAAAGAUUGCGUCACCUCUUGCCACCCGGAAGUACGUGGGAUGUCGUGGUGAAAAGAUCUAUUUGGCCAACCCGCCAAGACUAGCCCACCUGUGACGUCGUGUUGCUGGUGUUAGUGGUUCCUCCGACUGCAGCUCCACGCCUGCCAGCUGUAUCACACACCAGUAAUCAAAAGGGUGAUUAUGGGAGCAAUGUUAAAAUCUCACUCGGUUUCCCUUUUCCCCACCUGCUGGUUUCUUGGCACAUGGCCACACUCCCUGGGAGCGGCGAGCCCGUAAUGGUCCCACUCCUGGGUGUUGGGGGAGGGCGACCGGACGUCGGGAGUCAGUACGUCGCUCUCGUGGACCAAGGCAGCUGUUGGUGCUGACACGAGACAGUGUUUUUAAUUUGUGUACAAAUUAAUUUGUUGUUAAAGUUGUUGCUGUCAUCAUGGGACUACUAUUGUUGUUGUGCCCGUGGUUCUGCCGUUGCUCAACCCGACCGGCCGAGACAGACUGUCGCCCCACAAAGCCUGGUUUCUGUUUGAUGUUUCUUAGAGGGAGUUUUUACCUUCCCUCGUUGCCAAGCGCUUGCUCAUGUAGGGUUCUGUGGGAUUCUUUAUUGUAUAAAGAGGUUAUUGACCUUCGCAAUGUGUGAAGUGCUUUGAGAUAACUUGAUGUUGUGGAUCUGUUCUGUUAAAGAGGGGUAGCAUGGUGACCUGACCUAGUGAUUGGCACGUCUGCCUCACAGUUAGGUUUUGGGGUUUUACUCUUCCGAAAACACGCAUGGAAGACUGGAAAUUGUCUAUACUGUCGGCGUGAACGUGCGUUUGUCUUGUGCCCUGUGAGUGGCUGGCAACCCGUUCCUGGUUUAAGCUCGAGCUCACUUGUGGCACUAAUGAGGACAAGUGCUGUAAAAAAAAUGGGUGUGUGGAUGGUUUUGGGGUGUUACUUAUUUCAAGUCUCUCUUGGAGGUAAAAAUGUAUUCUCUGUAGGGUUUAAGAGAUUGACUUGGCCAGUCUAAUACCUUCCACUUAUUCCUGAUGAAUGCCUCUGUUUUGCAUCAGAGCUUGUUGCGCAAAAAAAAAAAAAAAAAAAAAAA